AUGGAGGAAGGGAAUCCUAGACGCCCGAGAGCGGUGUCUGGUGCCAGAAAUGAAGCACCUACGUCACCUACUCGAAGUGAUCGUGAAUUGAGAGAUGAUGACGCUGUUUCGCCCACUCGCCCAUUCCCGACAAUCGAUGAAGCCCAGGAAGGUAUUCGUCGUCGAAGCUCCGCAGCAAGAAGUCGCGGUAGCGGAGUGCCGAGCCUCGCCCCAAGAACAACCCUGGCACAGAGAACGGCAGGCAAGUUCACUUUGGCGGGACCCGAUGACACUCCUCAGAUGGCACUUUCCCACGAGCCAUUCGUGCAGCCUGGAUAUGCCGACCUGAACCCGUCUUAUGAACAACCAAGCAAUGCAAAGCCCGUGUGGUCGCUGGCCAAGCCGUUGCCUCGCGUGGUACGACCGGGAAUGGUACCGACCAAGGAAGAGCUGCUCGAAAAGCGUGCCAAUGCCCAGCUUCCUGCAGAAAAUUCCCAGAGGAUUGGACUGGACGUGGAUCCAAAUGACCUGGAACAAGGCAGGAUCGAUAAGACCACGGACCCCCGAAAGAUGGCUGCACAGGUGGAGGAUGCUCGGCUGCAGCGUGAGGCCAACUUCAUGAACAAGGUUCUGAAUGGAGAAACAACAACGUCUGUUGGUGGAAGACGCUCCCGACGCUUCUCUCGGACGUCUAAUCAGGUGAGACGCCCAUCCCAAUGGGAAGAUCAGCUAUCGACUGUCGAAGAAGGCGGAUCUCAAGCGGCCGAUGGCCAAGGCCAAACCAAGCCACCCGACUAUUUGGUCGACGAUCCGCUCCAAACUGUCCCGGAAGUUCCGGAGAACGCGAUAGAUGAUGAUGAUCUGGCUGCCAAACUGGAGUUCCCAGGCCUGGAUAGCGCAACGGUCCCAGAAGAUCUACACCCAUUAGUGCAGGAUCUCGUUGAAGAUGAGAUUCACAACAAUCACACUACCUGGUCCGUCAUUCGAACACACCACCGCGAGGCUUUAGCCGAAGCUCUAGCUGUUUUUGUCCAAUUGACUAUUGGAUUCUGUGCCGACUUGUCCGUGACCGUGGCAAACGCAGGAAACCCCAACACCACUGCAUGGGCCUGGGGUUUCGCUACUAUGAUGGGUAUCUACAUUUCUGGUGGUAUUUCCGGUGCUCAUCUUAACCCGGCAAUUACUAUAAUCCUCUGGUUCUACCGUGGCUUCCCUAAGAGCAAGAUGCCCGAAUACUUCGCCGCUCAGUUUAUCGGCGCUUUUUGUGCUGGGCUAGUGGCGUACGGGAUCUACUACGAGUCUAUCGCUGACUACAUUAGUAGUAACGUCGACACUGGAAUCGUGACAAGCUUCGUGACCGGCCAACGCGAGGCUUGGAUUAACCCUGCCACGGCCUUCUUCACUGAAUUCAUCGGUACGGCUUUCCUAGUAGUGACUGUCUUGGCCCUGGGUGACGACCAGAACGCACCGCCUGGAGCUGGUAUGAGCUCGUUGAUCAUCGGCCUUGUUAUCACCUGUCUGAGUAUGACAUUUGCCUACCAAACUGGCGCCGCCUUCAACCCCAGCCGAGACUUCGGUCCUCGACUUGCUCUCCUCGCUCUGGGUUACAGUAGUGAUUUGUUCCUUAACCCAUACUGGUUUUAUGGUCCGUGGGUGGGCGCUGUGGGUGGCGGCUUUUUCGGUGGUUUCCUGUAUGACUUCUUCAUCUUUACUGGUGGAGAGUCUCCAGUCAACUAUCCGAUUGAGAGAACUCAACGCGCGAUGAAGAAGAGCCGUUCGAAGUGGAAGCACCGUCUGCGUCUCGGAAAGCGACAGCCGAGGAGCGUCGCUAUGCCAUGA